CCAACGUCUUUCUCUUUUCAGAGUGGACUCACUCCUCUCCACCUGGUAGCACAAGAAGGCCACGUUCCAGUGGCAGACGUGCUGAUAAAACACGGUGUUGCCGUGGACGCCACCACCCGGAUGGGUUAUACCCCACUCCACGUGGCCAGUCAUUAUGGAAAUAUCAAGCUGGUGAAAUUUCUGCUGCAACACCAGGCCGAUGUCAAUGCCAAGACCAAGCUAGGAUACAGCCCCUUGCACCAGGCCGCUCAGCAAGGACACACAGACAUCGUGACUCUACUGCUGAAGAAUGGCGCUUCUCCAAACGAGGUCAGCUCGAAUGGAACCACACCUCUGGCAAUAGCCAAGCGUUUGGGCUACAUUUCCGUCACAGAUGUGCUCAAGGUUGUCACAGAUGAAACCAGCAUAGUGUUAGUCAGUGACAAGCACCGGAUGAGUUACCCCGAGACGGUGGAUGAGAUCCUGGAUGUCUCUGAAGAUGAAGGGGAAGAACUUGCUGGCUCCAAGGCUGAGAGGCAGGAUUCCAGAGAUGUGGAUGAAGAGAAGGAGCUAUUGGACUUUGUGCCGAAGCUCGACCAAGUGGUAGAAUCUCCAGCCAUCCCGAGGAUUCCUUGUGUCACACCUGAGACAGUGGUGAUCCGAUCUGAGGAUCAGGAGCAGGCAUCCAAAGAGUAUGAUGAAGACUCGCUCAUCCCCAGCAGCCCAGCCACGGAGACCUCAGACAACAUCAGCCCAGUGGCCAGCCCUGUCCACACAGGGUUUCUGGUGAGCUUCAUGGUCGAUGCCCGGGGAGGCUCCAUGAGAGGCAGUCGGCACAAUGGCCUGAGGGUGGUGAUCCCACCGCGGACCUGUGCAGCACCCACACGUAUCACCUGCCGCUUGGUCAAGCCCCAGAAGCUGAGCACACCACCCCCACUGGCUGAGGAGGAGGGGUUGGCCAGCAGGAUCAUUGCACUGGGACCCGCGGGGGCCCAGUUCCUGAGCCCUGUGAUUGUGGAGAUCCCCCACUUUGCCUCCCAUGGCCGUGGGGACCGCGAGCUUGUAGUUCUGAGGAGUGAAAAUGGCUCUGUGUGGAAGGAACACAAGAGCCGCUAUGGAGAAAGCUACCUGGACCAGAUCCUCAAUGGAAUGGACGAAGAGCUGGGCAGCCUAGAGGAGCUGGAAAAGAAGAGGGUCUGUCGCAUCAUCACCACCGACUUCCCCUUGUACUUCGUGAUCAUGUCACGGCUCUGCCAAGACUGUGACACCAUCGGUCCCGAAGGGGGCUCUCUGAAGAGCAAACUGGUGCCCCUGGUGCAGGCGACGUUCCCAGAAAAUGCUGUCACCAAGAAAGUGAAGCUGGCCCUGCAGGCUCAACCUGUCCCUGAUGAGCUGGUCACCAAGCUUCUGGGCAACCAGGCAACAUUCAGCCCCAUUGUCACAGUGGAGCCAAGGCGCCGGAAGUUCCACCGUCCCAUCGGGCUUCGGAUCCCACUCCCACCCUCAUGGACAGACAACCCAAGGGACAGCGGGGAGGGAGACACCACUAGCCUGCGCCUGCUGUGCAGUGUCAUUGGUGGAACCGACCAAGCCCAGUGGGAAGAUAUCACAGGAACAACCAAGCUCGUGUAUGCCAAUGAGUGCGCCAACUUCACCACCAACGUCUCUGCCAGGUUUUGGCUGUCAGACUGUCCUCGGACUGCUGAAGCUGUGAACUUUGCCACCCUGUUGUACAAAGAGCUUACUGCAGUGCCCUACAUGGCCAAGUUUGUCAUUUUUGCCAAGAUGAAUGACCCCCGGGAAGGGCGGCUACGCUGCUACUGCAUGACAGAUGAUAAGGUGGACAAGACCCUUGAGCAGCACGAGAACUUUGUGGAGGUGGCUCGGAGCAGGGACAUAGAGGUUCUGGAAGGAAUGCCACUGUUUGCAGAGCUCUCCGGGAACCUGGUACCCGUCAAGAAAGCUGCCCAGCAGCGGAGUUUCCACUUCCAGUCAUUCCGGGAGAACCGUUUGGCCAUCCCUGUCAAGGUGAGGGACAGCAGUCGGGAGCCAGGUGGGUUCUUGUCAUUCCUGCGCAAGGCAAUGAAGUAUGAGGACACCCAGCACAUCCUGUGCCACCUGGCCAUCAUUAUGCCUCCCUGCACCAAGGGGAGUGGAGCCGAAGACAGGAGAAGGACCUUGACGCCCCUGGCCCUUAGAUACAGCAUUCUCAGCGAGUCACCCCUGGGUUUUCAUGACCGAGCAGACAUGAAGAUGGCUGUUAUAACAGAGCACCUGGGCCUCAGCUGGGCAGAGUUGGCCCGGGAACUGCAGUUCAGUGUGGAAGACAUCAACAGGAUCCGUGUGGAAAACCCUAACUCCUUGUUGGAGCAGAGCUCAGCCUUAUUGACCCUCUGGAUUUCCCGUGAAGGGGAAAACGCAAAGAUGGAGAACCUGUACGAGGCUCUGAGAAAUAUUGACCGGGGUGAGAUCGUGAACAUGCUUGAGGGCUCUGGCCGACAGAGCCGUAACCUGAAGCCAGAGCGGCGGCAUGCAGGCCGAGACUACUCACUGUCACCCUCACAGAUGAAUGGUGAGUGUCUUCUGGAAGACCAGGCACGGCUGAGCUGGGCCCCACCUUCUAGGCACCAGGGCUGAAGCUUCUUCCCAUGACACUUCAUCCGUUUAAACCAUCCCUCCCUUCCAGGGGUGGGAGGUUUGGCUUAUCAACAAUGAGCUGCUCCUGUUGGGGAGAGCAGAGGCCAGCAAGGGAGACAGGUGGCACACACUGCAGGUGGGCGACUCUCCUCACACACCUGCCUCUGUGUGCAUAUGUAGAACUACUCCCGGGACCUCCAUCCCCAGAGUCCCAGCAGCACCUGGUGUGGUGGGAAAGAGCUUGAGAAGCAGCUGGCUAGACCCUUACCUCUGCAGUCUCCCAACUUUCUCUGUCACUCUUCAAAGGCAUGGGCCGUCUCUGGGACAUCCAUGUUCCUAUCGGUGAAUGUGCAAUAGUUGGAAGCAAAGGCCAAGGAGGUUCUGGCCUAAGGUCUAAUGUUGGAUUCCCUGGAUGGUGUUUGAAAAUCCCUCUAAGGCCAUGUCUGGAAGCCAAAAGGUUUCCUCUUACUUGAGCCCAGUCUCUCUCCUUCUCUCUCUCCUUCCUUGCCUGUCUCUCCUUCUGUCUCUCCUCUCACUCUCCUCCCCACCCCUUUCUUCUCACCUGGUUCCCCUCACUCUUUUUGGUGUGGUUCCACAUGGCAGGAUGACUCAGCCCAAGGAGAGGAAACCCAGGAGGCCCCAACCUUUGUCAGAAGCUUCUUGGCUGCAUCUAAGGACUGUCCAUGUGAGGCAGUGGCUACUGGCAUGAGGAGUAGAACCUGGGAUCCCCAUGCCUUCCCCUUUAUCUACCCUCUCCCAAGUCAGUGGACAUUUCCACCUCAGCCUACCACGGGUCCUGUCCCUUUCUGCCCAUUGCCUCCCUCCCACUCAGCUCAGCCAUCUCCUCGUCUUUAAACCAGCCAGCUGGGUUGGGCUCCUGAGAUUCCUUACAAGACCCGGAAAAAAAUUCACUGUGUGAAAUAUCUUUCUCUGGUGGCCAACACGCCAACCUGGACAGCUGUGUGGAGAACCGAAAGUCCUCAAGCUCCUAGUUGUCAGGGCCAUCCCUAGCCACACACACACACUGACCAUGUGGGCAUCUGAGUCUCAGCUUAUGGUGCCAUAGGGGUCCAGAGAAUGGCUAUGGGUGAGUUCAAGGCCGGGCUGGGCACAGGGAUUCCAUCUGCCAGGUGGGGGCCGUGCAUGCCGAACCUCUCCCGUUCUCUCUCCCACAUUGUGUGUCUCCUGAAACAUGUCACCUAGCACCACCAAUCACGGGGCUCACCUGUUGAUCAUAUCCUGUCACCUUUCUCCUUCUCCUCUGACCUCAUUCUGACCUCUGGUUCGCUCAUUCUUUUGCACUUUCUGUCUCCUCCUAGCCAGGUGUAUGAGAGCUGUCAACCUCCACAGAUGCAUGUCACCGACUCCCAGCCCCACCCCCACAUGUCUCAUAGCUGUCCCAUGGGCAUCUGUGUGUGUGUGUGUGCACGGCAUGUUGUCUGUGUCACUUUGUAAUGGCUGCUGACUGUGUGCUCCGCUCACCCUGCAGGUUCACACCCUCAGGGGUCGCAGGUGCUCCCCAGGGGACCUGGUUGGAACAUUGCAGGGCUCCUAAGUAGGCUAGCACCCCUUAACCAAGGGAUAAAGGGAGCAACUGAGACAUUCUACAAACACUGGGAAAUCUAACCCACCAAACAUUGGUCCCUGUCUAUGGACAUC